CAUCUUCUCUUCUCUGAUGGAUACCAAAAUAUUGACUUCUCAAUGGCUUCUCAGGGCUUGCUGGGCUUGCUCUUUCUUGUCCUUUUUGUCCUUAGUAUCGGCACAACAAUUGGAGCAAAUAGCCAACUCUCCCCAGAUUACUACCAGUCCACAUGCCCAGAUGCAUUAUCAAUUGUGCAGCAAGAAGUUGCUGCUGCAAUACAGAAUGAAACUCGAAUGGGAGCCUCUUUACUUCGAUUGCAUUUCCAUGAUUGCUUUGUUAAUGGCUGCGAUGCAUCGAUCUUGCUGGAUGACAACGCUACCUUUGUAGGAGAAAAAACAGCUGGAGCAAAUAAUAACUCAGUUAGAGGUUUUGAUGUCGUUGAUAAUAUUAAAGCUAAACUUGAGCAGGCUUGUCCUGGAGUGGUGUCUUGUGCUGAUAUUCUUGCCAUUGCAGCCAGGGACUCGGUUGUUUAUCUGGGGGGUCCUUCAUGGAACGUUAGAUUGGGAAGAAGAGAUUCAACCAGUGCUAGUAGAGAUGCUGCAAACGCCUUUAUUCCUGCACCUCGUUUCAAUCUAAGUGCUCUCAUAUCAAGCUUCUCUGCACAGAAUCUCUCAGUAAAGGACUUGGUAACCCUUUCCGGCGCUCACACAAUAGGCCUGGCGAGGUGCACAAAUUUUAGGGCACACAUCUACAAUGAUACAGAUAUUGACUCCUCUUUUGCAGAUUCAUUGCAGAAAAUAUGCCCAUUUACCGGAAACGAUGAUGUUUUAGCCAAUCUUGACUACCAAACACCAACCUGUUUUGAUAAUUUUUAUUACAAGAAUUUGCUGAACAAGAAAGGCCUUCUUCAUUCAGACCAGGAGCUCUAUAAUGGCAACAGUUCUACCGAUUCUCUAGUACAAAAAUAUGCCACAAACAAUAAUGUAUUUUUCCAGGAUUUUGCCAAGGCUAUGAUCAAGAUGGGAAACAUCAAUCCUCUUACAGGAAGUGCAGGAGAAAUCAGGAACAAUUGCAGAAAAGCCAAUAUGUAUUAUGUGUAACAAAUCAUUGAAUUUUAAUUAAUAUGUAAGGCAAUUUAGCCCUAUCUUUAAAAAAACAUAAGGCCGAUUUUUACAA